CUUUCAUUCUGGUCGUGUGUUGUGGUGUAUUUGUCUGUAUUCUUUACUUUCUUUCUGUGUUUCUAUACCCGUGUUUUCAUCGUUUUCCUCAUGCUAGAAGCAUCAUGAAGAAAUUGAGCAACAUGACGUGAAUGGAGGUUUCUCUACGUAUGUUGAACACAAAGUUUUCAAUCUGAUAUGCUCGCAUGUCGAGACGAUUUUCUACGUUGUGUUWGUAAAUGUUUARUWGUGUGAGAAUUGAGUGUGUGUGUUUCUUUUAUCUUCAACUGUCGAUGAUGAUUUUAAGGCGAAUAUGAUUAAAAUGAUUCUGCUUACUUAUCUGAGACAGUUAAACUCAAAUGUAAAGAAGCUGUUAUCUCUGAUAGCAGUGAUUUAAAAUCCCAAUAAUAAGCUUCUGUAAUAAAUUUURUAUUUCACAAUAAUAAUACAGUAAUCAACAAAAAUGAUAUUACGAAGAUUUUCUACCAUUUCUGUAUUCCUUUGUUCCCAUUGGUCAAUACAUUCAAUGCGCCUGCGAUCAUACUGUACGGAGCGGGAAAUGCAAAAUCGUGUGGAGUUAGAUURURGUGUUUAGAUCCUUUCAACGGYCAAAACAUAUKAAAUCCCUCAUCAUAACAUCUCUGAUACAAUGACAAAAGUUGAUGGAAAGGCYCAUUUAUGUUUCUUUGAUGAAGGAUCUUGGUUUCAGGGAAGGCUAAUUACAGCCGAGAAGAAGCAAUUUGGAUUAUUUGGAGAAGAAUGUGAGCCGCCAGUCAACCAGUACCACCAGUGCUGUUUUGAUGAAGAACCCAUGUUUUAUAAAGUGACAUUUAUUAACUUUGAAACUAAGGAAGACAAGACAUUUGACCAUGUAAUGAAGACCAAUGGAGAUAACUGUACAUUGACUUCUGAUACUCUCAUUUUCCAUACAGAUGAGAUGCUUACUGGGCAUAAGGCUGAAGAGUAUAUUGCUAAGUUUUGCUCACAAGAACUGAAUGGAAAAGAAGGAAUUGUGUGCAUUGGAGAGAUGGAGAUUCAGCUGCAGGAAGAAACAAGUGACACAUGACACAACAUAAUGGGUGAUUAAUAAUUAUUAUAUAUAAUGGGACAGCAUAGAUAAAUUAAUGAUUG